GUGGCGGGGCGGGACCGCCGGGCGCUCCCGCGCGCACUCGGCCGCCAGAGCGAUAAUAAGAUGUCUGAUGAUGCCGGUGACACCGUAGCCGCUGGAGACAAAGCGGAAGUUACCGAGAUGCCCAGUAGUGAUUCUUUACCCAGAGAUGCAGAGGUGCACGGUGAGUCAGCUAUGAUUUCAAAUGAGCCAACGCUGGCUGACCCCAGAGGAGAUGCGCCUGAAAAUGCAGCCGUUCAGGGUGAGGAGAUUGCUGACACUGGGCACCCUGACCAGCCCGAAGACACCAGAGCCAUGGAUCCGCCCCCCAAUGGAGAAGUGACUGAGGAGGUGCUUGCCGAAUGCAUUGAUGCCGUCAGCCUUGAGGCAGAACUUGGACCUGAAAUACCCCUGAAAGAACAGAAUAAUCCGGCUGUGGAUUCCCCUCCACAAGGAGGCGGAUGGGCAGGCUGGGGAUCCUGGGGCAAAUCUCUGCUCUCAUCAGCAUCUGCCACAGUAGGUCAUGGAUUGACGGCAGUCAAGGAAAAAGCAGGGGCCCUACGGAUCCACAGUGUAAAUUCUGGCUCUCCCGAAGGGGCCCAGCCUGACACCGAAAAUGGCGUCCCUCCAACAGCAGAUGCGGCCCCAGAUCAGGGCCCUGAGGAAGGCCCGCCCACUUCUCCUUCGUCGGGGUCCCGGGGCAUGCUGUCAGCCAUCACCAAUGUGGUUCAAAACACAGGUAAAAGCGUCUUAACAGGUGGGCUUGAUGCUUUGGAGUUCAUCGGCAAGAAAACCAUGAAUGUCCUCGCAGAAAGUGACCCAGGCUUUAAGCGGACCAAGACGCUCAUGGAAAGAACCGUUUCGUUAUCUCAGAUGUUAAGGGAGGCCAAGGAGAAGGAGAAGCAGAGACUGGCGCAGCAGGUCACGGCCGAGAGGACUGCACACUACGGGAUGCUGUUUGAUGAGUACCAAGGUUUGUCACACCUGGAAGCUCUGGAAAUUCUAUCCAAUGAAAGUGAAAGCAAGGUUCAGUCAUUUUUAGCAUCAUUUGAUGGAGAGAAGCUGGAACUCUUAAAAAAUGACCUAAUUUCCAUUAAAGACAUCUUUGCAGCCAAAGAGUUCGAGAAUGAAGAGAAUCAAGAAGAACAAGGCUCGGAGGAAAAGGGAGAAGAAUUUGCAAGGAUGCUUACAGAGCUUCUCUUUGAAUUACAUGUUGCGGCCACGCCUGACAAACUCAAUAAGGCCAUGAAGAAGGCUCACGACUGGGUGGAAGAGGAUCAAACCGUGGUCCCGGUAGACGUGGCAGAAGAGACAGAGGAGAAAACUAAGAAGGAAGAAAAGGAAGAGAAACCUGAAAGCCCUGAAGAGGGUGAAAAGCAAGAAAGGAGAACUAAGACAGUUGAGGAAGUAUACAUGCUGUCCAUCGAAAGUCUGGCAGAAGUCACAGCACGCUGUAUCGAGCAGCUUCACAAAGUAGCAGAGUUAAUUCUUCAUGGACAAGAAGAGGAGAAACCAGCUCAGGACCAAGCAAAAGUGCUGAUAAAAUUAACUACUGCAAUGUGCAAUGAAGUGGCCUCCUUAUCAAAGAAGUUUACAAAUUCCUUGACCACAGUUGGGAGCGACAAGAAGGCCGAGGUCCUUAACCCCAUGAUCAAUAGUGUAUUGUUAGAGGGCUGCAACAGCACGACAUACAUCCAGGAUGCCUUCCAGCUGCUGCUGCCCGUUCUGCAGGUUUCCCAUAUCCAGACCAGCCAUUCAGAAGCACAGCCAUGACCUGGCCAGACUCCAUCUACUUAAAGGAACCAGCAGGCCCGUGGCUUUGAUAUAUUUAUCAUUGAAGGUGAUGUUUUCUGUGCAUCUGCCCAUAGACACUGAUUUGAGGACACUACAAGCAAGUUUGCACAGACAGUGUUGAGAAUGCAAGUUUAAAGAGAGUAUCAUGUUUCUUAAUGUAUAUGGUUGUUCUUACAAAUAAGAGUGUUUUCUUGAUGUUAAUUUAAACUUACUCAGCUUUGUAUUGGUAAUGUCCUUUCAUCUGAAAUUCAUUCACAAAGACUCAUUGCCAUUUUCCUGGUCAAGCAUCCCAUAUUUAGAAAUUCAUGGGCAGACCGUAGACAUUUUUUUUUUAACUCUUUAAACUUCCACCUUUAAAUUUUCCAUUCUUAUAGUAUUCGUUUGCAUCAGUUCCUAUACUGAACUUAAUUUUGUUACGUAAAUGCCAUGGACAAAGAUAACACUACUUAUAUAUAUUUACCUGUAAUAGUUAAAGGGAAACAUAAGUAUCUCUUUAGAGCCACUCAUUCUUGAAACAAGCAUUUAUUGAGCUCCUACUGUAUGUAUGCUCACAAUAAGAGAACAUGAUCUCACCCCAAUAGAAAUAGAUUUAAAGAGGGUUUAUAAUCAUUCUUAAACCGCUUUAAAACACUAAUAAGUUUUCUAAGCCUUAAAAUAUUUCACAGAACAAGGUAAAUUCAUAGUUUUUUAAAUGUUCUACCCUUCAAUUUAUUGUAUUUUUUUCACCUUUUCUGCACUUUUUUAUCCCAAACUUUGUCCAUGGGGUGAAAAGGGGUACUAUAGAGUAUUUGGUUUAAAACUGACUUCUUAUGACUAUAAAUACAAGAUAGCAUAAUUACAAAGCUUGGAAGUAUUCCAUUAGAAAGCUAAAGGGAUUCCGGCACAGUAGACCCUGAGGACUGCAUUUUUAAAUCUACUACAGUGGCGUCAGGCUGUUUUAUGACUACACAGAUCAUGUUCACCAGUAGCAAAUACUAUCAUUGCUUCUAAGGGGCAAGAAACCCUGAUGUGUGGGUUGACUAACUGGUAUGUUGAUCCACGAGAGACUGCACAGAAGACCCUUUAGCUGGGAGAGGCAUCACCAAUGGGCAUUUCUUUUCCUAAACGCCAUAUGCUCAUUCCGGGUGGGGGUGCUAGUAGAAUGCUUCUAUUUUAGACAUCCUCACAGGCACUGUCACAAGAUGUCUUGCCCAGUGGUUCUCUCCAGGGCAGAUAAAGCCUAUAUUUUUGCAAGUGUGAGAAACCCUUUCUUUGCAUUUGCUUGUAUUCCCCUGAUAAAAUAGACAGCCUUUGUUCCAUGCAGGCAUUGCAUUUGUCUAUGUUGUGUAUUUCAUUUGUGUAUCUGCUGAAUCGGCCAAAUAGAAAACAUAAAAACAAUUUAUUUACAAUCUGGAAAAGAAAUUAUUCAAGGCAUCCAUUAAAGAUGGUGUUUUUUUUCUACUUGCUUUUUGAUUGGUUGAAAUGUUUCUGUGAUUAAAUCUAGAAAACAAUUAACUGAUGAAACUGUUACAUCGACUUCUUCAGAAAUUUAUACUUUUUAUAUAGAGAGCAGAGGAAAGGACUUAGAUUUACAAUUUCUUCACAUCAGAUUUUUUUUAGCAUCAGAUAGAUUUUAUAGACACUAACUGGAACUGUAAAAGAAACAAAUCAUUUCAAAGAAGCUAGUCUUUAAGCCUAACUACACCCAUUUGGUGUACAACAGAAUUUUAAUCAUGAACUAAAAUAGAAAUCUGUAAAAGAAUGAGAGAUAAUUAUUCUUUUUUAAAAUUUUUUUAUUUAUUUGAGAGAGAGAGAGAUGGAUUUCAUUCCACUUAUUUGUGCAUUCAUUGGUUGAUUCUUGUAUGUACCCUCAUCAGGGAUUGAACCCACAACCUUAGUGUAUCAAAUAACACUCUAACACACGGAGCUACCUGGCCAGAGCUGAGAGAUAAUUAUUCUUUAAAAAAGUGGGUGACAUGCCCUGGCCGGUGUGGCUCAAUGGAUUGGAGCAUUCUCCCAUGUGCUAUAGGGUUGUAGGUUCGAUUCCUGGUCAGGGUGCAUACCUAGGUUGUGGGGUCGAUCCCUCGUCAGAUGCACAUGGAUCGAUGUUUAUCUCUCCCUCUCUUUAUCUCUCUCUCUGUUUUCCCCUCUCUCUAAAAUCAAUAGAUGUAUCCUAGGGUGAGGAUUUUUAAAAAAACACAACUGGGUGACAUAAUUUACAUUGCAUUUUCAUGUAUUUUAAUGAUAGAAUAUCAAAUGUUGCCAGGUAAAGAUAUAAGCUGAGAGAUGAUUCCCAGAGCCUAGCUUCAUGGUCUGUGAAUUACAUUAUUUAAGAGAGAAUACUCACUUAAUAUAUAUCCACCUUCCAGGAUUGCUCUCUUUCAAUACAGUUUUUCACCAUAACUUUUAAAUAAUUGCUUCUUUGCUUUGCUUUAAAAGCUGGCAAAACACAGGAUCCAGAUCUGGGCAAAAUGUCAGUCGGUGACUGAAUAAAUGAUUUAGCAGGCUUACUCUGGAAGUUUUCUAUUUCUUCAAUAAUCGUUUACAUAAACUGGGUUCAUUUCACUCUGUGCAAUUACCCUGAACAAGCAUGCCAGAUUUUUCUUACAUCAAGUGCAAAAUAAAUCCUAGUCUAAACAA